AUGAAAAUUGAUGGUAAAACAUUUGUAACUUGUGAACAAUACAUGAUGUAUCAGAAGGCACAAUUAUUCAAUGAUCAUGAAAUGGCAGAAAAGAUUUUAAAAACCUCCGAUCCAAAGCAAUGUAAAGAAUUUGGUAGAAAAGUCAAGAAUUUUGAUACCAAUCAAUGGGAAGCCAAUAGAGAUCGAAUUGUUUAUGAGGGAAAUUAUGCAAAAUUCACACAAAAUGAAGAAAUGAGAAGAGAUUUACUUUCCAGAUUGGAUGUUGAAUAUGUUGAAGCUUCUCCAUAUGAUAAAAUUUGGGGAAUUGGAUUGGAAGAGAAGGAUCAGAGAGCUCAUGAUAGAUCUCAAUGGAAAGGUUUGAAUUUAUUAGGUAGAAUUAUUACACAGAUCAGAGAUGAUUUAAUUAAUGAAUCAGCAAAAAAGUAG